ACUAGGGAGGUCGAGGGGAGUGUUGCGCGGCUGCUCCUUCAGUCAUCACUCGCACCUCUGGCCGGUCACACGCCACCGUCCGUUACGCGGGUUUAGAGUGCGGCGACUAUACAAGACUAUCGGUCAUAAUACAAACAGUUCAGAAUAACUAUUUAAGUAUAUAUAUAUCUUGCUUACCAUUUCUACACGUGUUUGUCCAAUUCGGCAGUGGCCGGGUGGCUGGCCAGACUGACCUGUGUGUACUAACUGUCCGGCCCCACUAAGCCCUCCUCCUGCAGGCGUACUAUCAGGCUCCUGGCGCUGGCCUGCUGGUAGGCUCCCCACACACCCACCUCACACGUCAUGGAUCAGGUUGGUCGAGCCGUACUGCGUCGAGCCGUGCCCCUGGGCUGGCCGUGCCUGUGUCUGGCCCUCGGGCACGGCCACGCUGCCCCUCUUCGUGCCCACCUUCAGUGCAUGCCUCGUGCCCUCUACUGUAGGGCUAUGGAGCCCCCUGGCCUCGCUCUUGCUCCAGCUGCAUGUCGCUUCUUCUCUACCUCUAGAGAUUCCGACUCAUCAUGGCGGGAGAGCAUCUGCAUCUCCGUCGACUGUGAGGACGACACGGUUACGCCCAUUAACGUGGAGGAUCAGCUGUUUGACAUGUUCAAGGAUGAGUCGGAUGAAAAAGUUCACAUGGGAAAAUUUAUAGCCGCAUUAACGGAAGCAGGACUAAGAAAAUCUGACCCACGCCUGGCUGAGCUGAGAAACAAUCUACUAGAGGUCCAUGCAUCUCUAGAUAACCCUAAAGACUCAUCUGCAAGUACCCUCUCUGUUGACAAGGCAACAUUUAAGAGGGAACGGCAGUCACGCUCCCAGAGUCCAUCAACGAAUGGAUCGCCACGCCGCACUCCAUCCAUCACUUCUCCUACAUCAAGAAGGCUCGACAGACAACAGUUCAAGAAAGUGAUUCAGGACAAUAUUUUGCUAAUAUCUCGGGCCCUUAGACAUCAUUUCGUUAUUCCUGAGUGGCAUGAUUUCACUUCGUACAUUGAAGAAUUCUAUUGGUCUGCCAAGAGCCUCACACUUGGAAAGGUUGCCGCAUACAUUCCCCAACUGGCAAGAUUUAGUCCAGAACAAUGGGGUGUGUCCGUGUGUUCUGUAGAUGGUCAACGAUAUGACAUUGGUGACACAAAUAUUAAUUUCACUAUGCAGUCUUGCAGUAAACCUGUGACGUAUGGUAUCGCACUUAAUGAGUUGGGUAAUGAGAUGGUUCACACGUAUGUUGGUACGGAGCCCAGUGGUCGAAUGUUCAAUGCUAUUGUCCUCGAUUAUAAUGAUAAGCCGCACAACCCAUUAGUUAAUGCUGGCUCCAUUGUAGUUAAUGCCCUGCUGCACAGCCUUGUUAAGCCUGAGAUGUCUUCAUCUGAAAAAUUUGAUUUUGUCCAACAAUAUUUCAAGAGACUAGCAGGUGGAGAGAACAUUGGCUUCAGCAAUGGCACAUUCCUGUCCGAGCGUGAAAAUGCAGAUAGAAACUAUUCACUUGGUUAUUAUAUGCGAGAGAACAAGUGCUUUCCUGAGAAAUGUGAUCUCAUGGCUUCAUUAGAUCUCUACUUUCAGAGCUGCUCGAUGGAGGUGACGGCAGAGAGCGUGGCGGUGAUGGCGGCCACGCUGGCCAACGGGGGCAUCUGCCCCACCACUGGGGAGGAGGUCCUCAAGCCCUACGCUGUACGCGACGUCCUCUCCCUCAUGCACUCCUGCGGCAUGUACGACUACUCCGGCCAGUUUGCCUUCAAGGUGGGGCUGCCGGCCAAAUCGGGUGUGUGUGGAGCCAUCAUGCUGGUCAUCCCCAACGUCAUGGGGAUCUGCACGUGGUCGCCACCGCUUGACCUUCUUGGCAACUCCGUCAGAGGACUCAAGUUUUGUGAGGAGCUGGUGCAAGUAUUUAACUUUCACCGGUAUGACAACCUUCGCCAUGCUGCCAACAAGAAGGAUCCACGUAAACAAAAGUUUGAGUCCCGUGGCCAGAAAGUUGUGUCCCUUCUUUUCUCUGCAUGCUCUGGUGAUGUCACUGCAAUGAGGAGGUAUGCUCUAGCAGGACUUAACAUGGCCGAGAGUGAUUAUGAUGGAAGGACCGCUCUUCACCUUGCGGCUGCCGAGGGUCAUAUGGACACUGUAAUCUUCCUUCUAGAGAAGUGUCGUGUGCCACCUGCCCCAAAAGAUAGAUGGGGCCACACUCCUGCUGACGAUGCGGAACAGUUUGGACACGAGCGCGUUGCAGCAGUCAUAAGAGAGUAUGAGGAAAAGCUAGAAGCAGCCAAGAAGAAGGAUGUUAUCCAUGAAUCAGAAGAGGAAGCCCAAAUCGAACAGUAAAGAAAAAAACAAUAAUGUUACCAUUUACAAAUAGCAGUUGUAUGAGGCAUUUAAAAUUCUGUAUAUAAAAGGAUCUUCAAACUAAAUUCUAUGUUCAUUUCUAUUGAUGACAAAUUCUUUAGCAUCCAACGUAUAAAUCUUGUAUAUAUUUGGCUAUGAAAUCAUUCAAAUGCAGCAAUAAUUAUCCAUCAAAAACUUAAAUCAUGUUAGAGUUAGAUUUUAUUACUGUAAUUUCCUAAAUUGUUAGUGAAUAUAGAGCAUUCUCUCUUUAAAUUGAACUUUUCUAAGUCAAACAAUGUAAACUGAAUAUUAAAAAAAGGCUUGAUUUACUCUUGAAUACUGUAAUGUAUACAUAAUUCAACCACUGUUCUUCCAUAAUAAUAAUAGAUUAGAUGAUGAUGACUAGAAAAAGGAUGAUAAUGAUUUUUAAUGUCAAAUAGGAGAGAUGUGCAAACAUGCAUUGUACACACAUGCACAUGUAGUGUAUUUACAGGUUUGCAUUAACUAUAUUGCAUUAAAAUCUUAUAUAUUUAUUAUUAUAUAUAUUUAUAAUGAAGUAGCUGAGAGAUUUGUUUCAUAUUGGUGGAGAAUUAAGACGUGUGUGCUGGGAAGCAGGAAGAGUUGAGUGACUUCCGGGUCACUCCAGUCAUGUUGGUUUUGUGUAGUCUUAUCUUUGUAAGGAAAUUAAUACAGAAUUAACAUUUUUGACACUGUUUACUCUUCAUGUAAUGAACUAUAACUCUAUGGAGCUGUACCCGAUUCAUUACAGAUUCUGGUCAUCAUUUUCUUAACGCAAAUUAUAGUACAGUACGUAUGUGCAUUUGUGGAUUUAUAGUAUUGGUUGCACUAAAAUACAAAUUACAGUUUCAGUAAAAAUAGUGUAAUCUCUAAGGAACAGCACAUAUGGUACCAGGCUCUGUGCUAGGAUAACUGUACCAUUUAUCCGAUCAUUGUACUAUACCAUGAUAUAGGUACUAUGGCAUUACACCAGGGUACUUAUCCUGGCAUUGUACUAAGAUAGUUUUGACAUUGUACUAGGGUACAAUUAUACAGGUAUUAUAAGUGUACAAUGUGUUAAAAAUGGAUGAUGUUAAAAAUGUUCUAAACAACUUUUUUGAGCAUGUCUUUCUUUCACUUUCUGAUCUAUAUCAUGGUAGCCAAAAAAAUUUGUCUUCAGAUUUUGUGACUGUAUAAUUAUACAUGUCAAAAAGUGAUUGGUGGAAGACAGAGAAAUGUUUUGGUCUCAACUGAUUUUACCCCAGAAAUAUGUACAUUGAAACUUUAUAGCAACCUCUCUUAAGUCAACCUGUUUGGUAUCAAAAUAAUGAUUUUUCCAGCUUAGAUACCUGUACCCUGGUACAAUAUCAGUAUAAAUGAACCUAGUACAAUGUCAAUAACCUUGCUAAAUUACUAGGAUAAUUGUAUCUUGGUACAAUGUCAAAAUAACUACAGUACUUUGCUACAAUACCAGGAUAAUUGUACCCUGGUACAGUGUCAGAAUAACUGUACCCUAGUGCAAUACCAGGAUAACUGCACCCUGGUACAAUGCCAGGAUAACUGAACCCCAGUACAAUACCAGGAUAAUUGUACCCUAAUACUGUAUGUCAAUUAUACCCUGGUACAAUGCCAGGAUAACUGUACACUCAUAGUAGUACUCAUAGUACAGAAUUUGAGUUGUGUGUUGUUGUGUGUAAUAGUUCCCGGAAAACUCAAGUCCUCCUCUGAGAGGUUCUGCAGAGCCCUCAGAGAGGCAACCAGGCUGCUGCAAGAGUAGUACCAGGGGCAGCCCUUCAGGUCCUUGUCCUUGAGCUCGUGCCUCUGGCACCUUACAACCAGCUGCUUCAGGUAGAUGGGACUCGACAGCCUGGGAAGGCAACUUAUCUAGGGGGAAGGAAAACCCUGAUCUCGAACCUCUGCUGCCUCACAGCCAUACCCACUUUUGCGAUAGGCUUCAGGAGUCAACCUUGAGGAAAAAUCCGAAGCUGGAGCCCCUACUAGAGUUCGUUGUUGACUUCAACCUCGUUCUGACAGCUCUUGUGACGGCACUGGAACCAAGCUUAUGGGUGUUUGCCUUUCCACUGAACAAUUUCAGCCUCGUGGAGAUGGGGGGACCUGCUGCAUGGGUAACAGCUUCUCCUCCAUAUCGACCUACUCUGGCUUUGCUCUACAACCAGUGUGCAACUCCCUAGUCUCCCAAAACUGCAGGAUGCCUACUACUAUGAGUGUACAGUUAUCCUGGCAUUGUACCAGGGUAUAAUUGACAUACAGUAUUAGGGUACAAUUAUCCUGGUAU